UACAACAAAUUUAAUUGUUUUUAUUGUUAAAAAUUAAUUUAUUUUUCUCUCUGGCUUAUUUGACGUACAUUUUAAGUUUCAGUAUUUAAACAAAUGUUAUUUUAUUUGAUACAGCAACUACCGACAUUCGAAUCGUUACCUAUGAGGAAACAAAAUAUGCUAAUGGUAUUUAAUUUUGACAUUAGAUUUUUUUGGGUAAUAUCAGUAUAGUAUCAACAAUUUUUAGUAGGAAUAAUACCUAUCGUCUAGGCCAGUUUUGCAGGCCGAUGGCUACUGGUCAUGCGAUAUCUAUGCUUUUGUACAGUAUUACUAGCAGCAUGUGAUGUUAUUUUUGGUUCCACAAACGUGUUAAAAAACGUCAUGAAGAAACGAAACAAAGUGAUGACUGGAGAUGCGUACAGAGAAAUCACGGGAUAUCCCGACGAUUUGAUUUGGAAGCCCAUUAAAAGUGCCGAUAAAUUCAUAAAAAAGUCGGGUCCCAAAAAAAAUCCAAGGGUCUCUGCAGUAGGCACUCUUUCCACUAGAUCCAGUUUAGACAGUGGCACAAUGAUUACAUCUGAACGAAAUUUUCAAACCAGAGUCACGACUCCAAUAGCUGUGUUGGCAUCAUCAGAAUGCACCACAAUCACGAAGACAACGUCGACAACCGGAUGUACUCCAAUGUCUUCCGAUGUGUACUCUUUGCUCAUGCGCUUAGCCACAAUGGUAAUGGCAGAAGCAACUGGUAAAAGUACUGCUAUGUCGGUGGAACAAAAUACGUUGCGGCCGCCGAUUGAAUGGCAAAUGUGCCGCCGAAUGCAACCGACAAAAAACUACGACGACAUGGACGAUGGUGUCGAUUCCGGUUGGUAUGGAUCUACACAUAGACCCAAAUCGUCUACCAAAUACUUCGACCCUAUUCAAAUAGAACUGACCCAACCGGAGUAUUCAUUGGGCUGUCGGCCGUCGAUCACGAUGGCUGACGACGAAGAUUACGAAGAACACGAAGUGACUACAGCGAAGGAUUGGAAAGCAAAGGUGGCACCUUCGGUUAUGGCCAGUGGUACAAUCCGAACCACUGUAAAUAAGGGUCGGGGUUUGGUUAUCGAUAAUGAUUACUGAAAAACACUAGGCACCAUGCUCUUUUUCCAACAUUUAUUUGAUUAUUUGUUUUUUACCGUGCAAGUUAAAUAUGCAGAAAAACAUUAUUCUUAUGAUAGCCUUAGAGAUUAGUUUUUUUAAACAAUUCUAUCCAGGCCGGCAUUUAAGAAUUGUGCUACUCAGAGUACUUAGUUUUGUCGCGCACAGUGGCUUUUUUAUUCGCUCAACAAAAAACUUUCUCUUUGCACAGAAAUUUUUUUUUUUUUUUUGAAUGGGCACAUUUUCUAAAUACCGUCAUGAUUAUAAUUGUUCAAUAAAAGUUAUUUUCAAGGUUAUCUUUAAUAAAAAUACUUUUUUUUUUGCGUAUUUAAUUAAAAAUUUGUUUCUUGGGGCACGUAUACCUGUGUCCCUUAGAUGCGACCCUGGUAUUAGUAUAGUGUGCUCUACUCCAAAAAAUAUUUGGUAAAUCCAGCCAUAAAUUUCCCAAGCACAAAAACUUUUAAGUAUUAGUAUUGAUAACAGGCGAAGUAUUACACCAGUUCUGACAACUGAUCAUUUUCUAAACCAUACUAGCGUAGAACUGUCGAAUAGAUUAGAAUAGCGUAGAAUCUUGUCCAAUAUUGGCGAUCGGUAAUCUUGUCUAAAUACUGACCCAAUAAUAUUGGCAAUUGAUAAUUGGCUGGUAUAACUGUUGGAGUACUGUGCUAUAGUAUAAUUUGUAAAAAAAAUCUCCAGUACUGAUCUAUUAGUACGGAAAACGUUAUCAUAUCAGAUAUGCCAGUACAAAUACAGUGUUGCACCUAUUUCUAAUUUCUGAUUGACAUUCUAUUAUUCUAAGUAUUUGUAAUAUUAUUUAACAAAAAAUUAUGACUUGUGUAUAAAAUUAUUUAUAAUUAUUAAUAUAUUUAAUAUUCUAGUUUAAAAAUAAAAAAUGUUCAACUCAAAAUGGGACAACUAGAAUUUUGACAUUAUAUUAGUAACAUCAAACAGUAAUAAUUUAUGAAAUUUAUUAAGCCACCCUACAGAUAAAGUAGAAGGGAGCGGGAGCUUUUAUAAAAUUUGACCCGACGACUUAUGCAAAUACCUGCCGUAUUUAAAAAACAUGGUAUUUUCGUUUUCAUAUAUAUAUAUAAAAGCAACUUUGAAUUUUUUAUUUAGUUUAAAUAGUUCUUUUUAUCUAUGGCUGCGUCGUAUAUCAUAAAGUUUUAUAAGCUCGGGGUAAGAAGUUCGAACCCCGUCAGCCAUAAUGACUUUUUUUUCUUUAUUCAUUUUUGAGGGGGAAAAAAUUCAAAAUGAAUAAUAAUAAAUAACAUUCAAUCAAAAUAUUCAAUGGAUAUCGAGGAUCCCUAUCACUUUAGUCCUUGUAAAAAGGUCUUUCUUAUUCAUAUUUAAAUAUAUUACUAAAUGAUUUAUUUUUGUGUUUGUUGUUAACUUUUCUCAGCUCUCACUUGGCCAAUUUUAAUGACCAAUAUGUAAAAAUAAUACGAUUUAAAUUUUGCUGAAUUUAUUGUUAAAUUCGAUUUUAUAUUAAAUUACACAGCAAC